GGAGCAUCCUGAUCGCCAUGUUGUUGUUCGGAGCACGUGGUUCUGUUGCUGUUUCGACAAUGCUAUUCGGUGCAUCUUGAUCACCAUGAUGUUGUUCGGAGUACGUCGUUCGGCUAGUUCGAUGAACUAGACGACUUUGACAAGACCUUUUGUUAUCUCCAGCUUAUCACCAUCGACGUUUUACGAGGCAUUGGACAUGGUCUUCAUCGACAUCGACAUAUUUGGUGGAGCAGUUACGUUUUUCGUUGUUUUUUUUGUCACAUUGUCCUUAGUAAUUUGUGUCAUUUUUUGUUUUGGUUUCAAAUUGUUGGUAAGUAAUUACCAUCAAUUUGGGGAGGGUAUUAGAGUAUGUAGUAUUGUGUUA